AUGGGUCCCAAGAAAAUCUUCUCCAAAUCCGAGGCAAAUGAUCCAAUGACGGAGAAAAAACUGAUGAGCACCUAUGACAUCAAGAUAGCUGUAGCGGCCUAUCGUAUCCAGCGUCGCGUACUCGAAACACUUCACCGCACGCUCUUGGCCGAACUUCGGGAGGCCCACACCGUUGAACUCGAAGAUUUCAAAGAAAAUCUCCAUGUACAGACACUCAACUCACGCUCCACAUGUUGCGCAACAGCCAGGCAAACAUCAAAAUCUGGCAGCACUAAGGAACCCACCCCAUUCAAUGAUCGAAACAUGCCUGCAAGGAAGUGCAUCUGUCAGAGAAUGGAAAUUACACGGUUUCAAAUGCUACAAGCAAAGGAAAGAAAAAAGGCAGGAAAGGUUCGCAAGGAGGAACUUCAUGGGCUCAGAAGGGAGCACGGAGACCUGGUUAUCCCGGAGAAGAAUGGGGGAAUCACGGAAGGCGAUUGUGUCGAAGAGAUCAGCGCAAUUCUCGUUGACUGGGGACUAGCGAAUGUGGAAUAUAAUGGAGAGACUCGUCAAUGGGAGGAUGAUUUGGAGGAUAUGGUCGAGUUCCAUGUCCAGCACGAACAGGAUGAGAGGAAGCGGUUGCGGGGAGGCGUGGUCGGUCUGUUAACUCGAACGGGAAAGUUGAUCGGCAAGCACUCGGCCGAGACGGUUCUACUUGGCAUCGAAACUGACAGUAGCACUGAUGAUGAUACUUGUGAAUCAACUACAUGA